AUGAUCCUUAACCCGUUGGCCACACGCCAGCAGCUGGCGAUGACGCCUACUAUGGCAGAAGGGCUCACAUUUGAUCUCGAGAUGGAGCUCAGGGCGCUCGGCUGCCAGAUGAUCCAGCAGAUGGGGGUGCUCCUACAGCUACCUCAACGAACCAUGGCCGCAGCUCAAAUCUUCUUUCAACGUUUCUGGUAUACCUCGUCAAUGUGCGACUUUUCCGCCGACAAAGUCGCCGUGAGCGCUCUCUUGCUAGCGUCAAAGCUCGAAGAGACCCAAGUUGGUCUCAGACGCCUGAUCAAUGCAUACCACUACGUCGCCUUCCUUCUCACCAGAGGCGCUCGGCCUUCCGCGUACGUUGGUCUUGCCCACGACUCUCUCGAAGUAACGAGCCUUCGGGACACAAUCGUCGUCUUGGAGAUGCAGAUGCUCAAGCGGCUCGGCUUCCAGAUGCAGGUAGUGCUCCCGCAUGCACUUUUGGUACAGUACCUGCGAGUGCUCGGCCUCACGGACCCCAACCUCAAGGUGACUUUGAAGCCUCACGAAAAUUGGGACGCAGAAUGGUCCACUCCACCGAGUGAAGGCCGCUCGGAAGAGACUGUAUCGCUGGCCCAAUGUGCGUGGUCCUUCCUCAAUGAUGCCCUUCAAACCCCCGUACUGUGCAUCUUUGGUCCUCACGUUGUUGCAUGUGCGGCCAUCGCACUAGCAGCAGAGAUGGGCGAGCCCUGCGUGGUCUUGCCUCUCGAGCCUGCGCCCUGGUGGUUGCUCUUUGAUGCCUCCGAGCCCGAGAUCAAGAUUGCUGCGUCGCAUCUUCUCUGGCGCUACCACCACGAAUCGUCCGUCCCACAUCUUGCGGAUCUUCUGGACCGAGACAAUCUACGCAGCUAUAUCGCCAAACGUCCCGCCAGUCCGAAUUCUCAUGCGAACGAUUGCCAAGUUCACAAAAGCUGGUAG